UUAAGUGAAUUAGCUAGCCCCUUUCUUUUUCUCUCUCUCUCUCUCUCUCUCCCCGAAAUGUCACCAACUACAGAAGAAUUCAUCUUCCGCUCCAAACUCCCCGACAUUCCCAUUCCCACUCAUCUCCCAUUAUACUCUUACUGCUUCCAAAACUUGUCCCACUACCAACACCGUCCAUGCCUCAUCGACGGCGACACCGGCGAAACCUUCACCUACGCCGAAGUCGAUCUCACCGCUCGCAGGAUCGCCUCAGGCCUCCACACCAUCGGAAUCUGUCAGGGUGAUGUCAUCAUGCUCCUCCUCCGUAACUGUCCCCAGUUCGCCCUCGCUUUUCUGGGAGCCUCACCCCGCGGCGCCACUGUCACCACCGCUAACCCGUUCUACACGCCUGCAGAGCUCGCGAAGCAAGCGGCGGCGACGAACACCAAGCUGAUCAUAACUCAGGCCGCAUACGUCGAGAAAAUCAAGGGUUUCGCUGAAAACAACGAUGUGAUGGUGAUGUGCAUUGAUUCCUCGCCGGAGGAUGGUGUUCUGCAUUUCUCUGCGCUGACGAACGCUGACGAGAGCGAAGCCCCCGCCGUUAAGAUAAGCCCAGACGACGUCGUUGCGAUCCCUUUUUCCUCCGGAACUUCUGGGCUUCCCAAGGGAGUGAUGUUAACGCACAAAAACUUGGUGACGACGGUGGCGCAGCUGGUUGACGGAGAAAACCCGAACCAGUACACUCACAGCGAGGAUGUGCUCCUCUGCGUGCUGCCUAUGUUUCAUAUAUAUGCGCUUAACUCCAUUUUGCUGUGCGGGAUUCGCGCUGGUGCAGCGGUGCUGAUUGUGCAGAAGUUUGAGAUUACUACGUUGUUGGAGCUGAUCGAGAAGUACAAGGUGACGGUUGCAUCGUUUGUCCCACCUAUCGUUUUGGCGUUGGUUAAGAGCGGGGAUGCUCAGCGAUACGACCUGUCGUCUAUUCGGGUCCUGAUCACGGGUGCUGCACCCAUGGGUGUGGAACUCGAGGAAGCUGUGAAGGCUAGGCUACCUCACGCCAAACUUGGACAGGGGUAUGGUAUGACAGAGGCAGGACCACUUUCCAUUAGCUUGGGAUUUGCAAAGGAACCAUUCGAAACAAAAUCAGGUGCCUGCGGAACUGUUGUAAGAAACACCGAGGUGAAAAUUGUAGACACGGAGACAGGUGCUUCUCUUCCAAGAAACAAAGCCGGUGAAAUUUGCGUUAGAGGAAUAAAGGUUAUGAAAGGAUACCUAAAUGACCCAGAGGCCACAGAGAGAACUAUAGAUAAAGAAGGAUGGCUACAUACUGGUGAUAUUGGUUUCAUAGAUGAUGAUGAUGAGCUCUUCAUUGUUGAUCGGUUAAAAGAGCUUAUCAAAUACAAAGGAUUCCAAGUUGCUCCUGCUGAGCUCGAAGCAAUGUUGAUUGCUCACCCAAGCAUUUCUGAUGCUGCCGUUGUACCCUUAAAAGAUGAAGCUGCCGGAGAACUUCCAGUUGCAUUUGUUGUAAGAUCAAAUGGUUCUAAGAUCACCGAAGAUGAAAUCAAGCAAUACAUUUCACAACAGGUGGUAUUUUACAAGAGAAUCAACAAAGUUUUCUUCACCGACACUAUUCCUAAAGCAGCCUCAGGCAAGAUUAUGCGAAAGGAAUUAACUGCAAGGCUUAGCCAAUGUCUCGUGUCCAAUUAGGCAUCUGUACGAGCUGCCGCCACGACACAUAUGGAAGAAAUUAGUCAUGGUAGUUUUACUUACAGCAUCAGAAAUCCUUCGUGUUUUGCUUUUUGUUCCUAUUUUAAUAUCUCAUUAUCAUACAUUUUCAAGUAUCCUAUAAUUUCUUCCCGUGUAAUGUGAAAUGUUGUAUGUUCACUAUGUUGUCGUACAAUCCCACACAUAUAUUGGAGAACGUACUCUGAAU